GCUGCGGGCCGCCUGGGGGCGCCGUACUCCGAGGCCUGGGGGUACUUCCACCUGGCUCCCGCGCGCCCCGGCCACGCGGCGGGCCCCUGGGCCACCUGCCGGCUCUGCGGGGAGCAAGUGGGCCGCGGUCCGGGCUGGCACGCGAGCACCCCGGCGCUGUGGAAGCACCUGAGGAGCGCGCACCGGCGGGAGCUGGCGGAGAGCGCCGCCCGCCGCUCGCCACCCGCCUCACGGGAAGUGAGCCGGCGCGAGGGCGCCUUGGCCCCGGCCCCCCCGCUCAAAGACGAGCCCGAGGGGGACCCCAGGGACGGCUGCGUCAUCACCAAGGUCCUCCUGUAGGUUUUGGCCGCGCCCACCCCCCAACUCCACCAGCGGUAUUCCUCGUGUGGCCCGCGGAGCGGCGUCUUCAGCCUCACCUGGGAGCGGGAUCCCUUGACCCCUCUGCCGAAUUGAAAUCGCCAAAUGCAGGGUCUUCAGAAGCAGAACCGGAACAUGCUCGUGGUCCUUUCCGGCGGCCUCCUCUGCUGGUGGCAUGUCGUGGGAUCCGCUCAAGCGGCGGUUUUCCUCUGACCGCCUUUGGAAAUGAGUCCACCGGCCACAUGAACCUAGAGCACUUGGAGCCAUGGCCGUUCUGUGGCUGGUAACUUUGAAAGGACCGAAACUUCCUUACACACCAAGGACUGUCGCACCAUGUGCCCGCAACCCAGGGUAGAGUGUGCAUUGAAACGAGGAUCAGGCAUUUUUACCCCCAAAAGUUUUCCCUACUUCCUAAGGAGCAAGUCUUUGAUGAGUAGCCCCUGCCCAGCACCAAGUUCUGAACGGGAGGCCGUUUAGUUUCCAGAACUGCUCAUCACCCUAUCAUUCCUAGUGCCUUAGGGAGGCAGUCCUGGAGAAGCCCUCUGUUUGCUCCCCUCCCCAGCUGGCCCCCCAGCACCAAGCGCUUUGUCUCAGCUCCACCACCUUCUUUCCCCUGUUGGAGGCCUGAUGGCAGCUGUGGCACGUUUCCCCACUUUACUGCCUCACACCUGCCACCUUACUAGCAAGACCUGACCUCAGUGCUCCUUGACAGGAAGGCCCCCCCCCACCCUGUCUCCUCAGUCCUCACACCUGGGCCGAGGGAAAGGCACCCCCCAUCCGAGGCCACCUCCUUCACCUUUACUGGGCCUUUUGUUGUUGCCGUGCUAAGUCAUGUCCAAUUCUUUUUCGAUCCCAUGGAUUGUAUAGUCCCCCAGCCUCCUUCCCGGGCAGUCAUCCGCAGUGGGUUGCCAUUUUCUACUCCAGGGAUCAUCCCCAUUCAGGGAUCAAACCCACGGCUCCUGGGCUGCAGGCGGAUUCUUUACCGCUGAGCCGCCUGGGAAGCCCCGUGGAUGUCUUAUAGAAUGUCCAAUAUUCUGGAUUUGCCUGAUUGUUUCCUUAGGCCAAAUUAUGCAGUCCUCCUUGGCUCAUCUGCCCGGAGAGCUGCAACAGCCACCUCCGUGCCAGCAAGUCCUGACCCCGCCAGCCUUGUGUGCUCCCCAGGCCUGUCCUUCGUGUUCCGGCCCCUGCAGCCUAUCUCCACCUCUGCUGGUACCUCCGCCGCCGGGGAGCAAGGGGUGAAUGUAUGCAACUCCACAUCCCCACCCCUGACCCAAUGACUGGGAGCUACUGGGCUCUUAAAAUGUGUCAGGUUCACUUACAUGUUUUAUCUCACUUUAUUUCCAGAGCAGCUCCCUGGGGAGGGGGGCAUAUUGAUAACCAACACUCCGCGCAUUUUCCAGCUACUGAAACAGAGCGGGGUUAAGUGGCUUGGACCGGAUGAGAGCUGGUAAGCAGUCGUGUCAGCAGUCCAGUCCAGUCUCUGCCUCCAGACGCCACGUUCCCGGCUGCUGUACCGUUGCCCUGGUUACUUACUCAUCCCAGCUGACACCUGUUUGCGUCCUGAUUCCAGCUCCAGGCCGCGCCGCCAGUGACGCUGACACGUGCUGAGCACUCACCGUGCGGGAGGCACGCAAACACGGUGUACAAGAGUAACUGCCUACUGUGCAGCGACCCCGUGGCAUUACUGCUCCUACACACACAGGCUCAGAGGAACUAAGGGAUGUCAAGGAAGAGUGGGAUUUGAGCACCAGUCUCGCUGAAUCCUAGGCCCCUGAUCCAUUAGUCUAUUUCUAGUGGCUCAGCUGGUAAUGAAGAAGACCCGGGUUGAUCCCUGGGUCAGGAAGAUCCCCUGGCGAAAGGAAU